CGUGCACAAAGAGGUUUUAAACCGUUUCCGUUUCCUGUGUAUUUUUGCAGCUACUCGGCUGCUGCUAAGUAGACAUAGCAGGUCUCUAAAUAUGAGCAAAAUGACGUAGUUUACUUCAAAUUAAGCCGGUUUUUAUGAUUAAAACAGCUGGUGUUAAGUGAUGCUAGCUUUAAAUUAACGCGCGAGCGGCGGUCUUGCUUAAACCGCAUGUAAACAGACCCGGGAGGGUUUCUCCGCCGCUGGCGUUUCAAACUCCAGCAAACUUUUUCUGGUUCCAGACACUUUCUGAGAAAUGUCGUGGUUUAGUCAGGUCAGUCAAGGUCCAUACCAGCGCCAGGCCGCUGAUGGCCAACAAUUUACAGCCCCGAAUAUCCUCGGCAGUCCCUAUAAUCCCAUAAGUCUACCAGCAGUAGGAGCGACCCCUGCUACCCAGAGCAACAGCGGGGCUGGCCUGCCUUCUCCAGGCCAGUUUGACCUGCCAUCGGCUCCUCGGGGUGCAGCCAGCCCUCCCAGCCUGGAGAACCUGUCCUGCGCGGGUCAAGACAGACAACCAGAGCCCAUCUCCUAUGUGACCUUCCAGGAGCAGCGGUGUGUCCUGAGCUGGUUCCAAGGCUGGAAUGACUCCCAGAAGGAGAGGUUCCUGCAGGAUCUUGUUGGUAAAGCCGUGCCGGGGAAAGUGUGCACUCUCCUCGACUCACUCAGCACCCUUCAGGUCAAAGACAAACUGCCCAACAUCUUUGAGUGCCAGCUCCGGCUGUGGACCCAGUGGUUUGAGUCCUGGGGGGAAGAGGAGCGGAAUCAUUUCCUGCACAUGCUGGAGGAGAAUGACCCCAUGUUUGUUGCCCACUUCUACAGGAGUGUAGCUGGCACCGCAGGAAGAGACUGACCAGAAGUCUGCAUCAGAGAACAUGCAUGCAGAUACUGCAUUCCUUAAAUUUCCUAUAGACUUCUUACAUAGAAGGUCCAUGCUUGCCCGGUCUCAGAUACUCAGAUUUCUCAACUUUUGCCCCAUAUUUAAGAAACAAUAGAAACAUUGUGGAGGAUUUUAUGUCAGAUAUUUGUACAGUGUUCAGAUGUUGAAGAUGGAACUUUGAAACACCACGAGGGAACUGAUGGAUUGAUGGCUGAACAGAGAGAUUAUUCAACAGAAGGGUGGAUGGAGAGGCAGAAUGACAGACGUACAACUUAAAAAAAGAAAAACUUUAAAAGCAGUUUUUCAUUAAAUAUAUUUCUGUUACUGGUCCAGACCUGGAAUAAGAAUAAAUUAAACUCCAUAUUUUUCCAUCGUUAUAAGUAGAAAUCCACCAUCAAUACCGAUUUCCAAUGGCAUUGUGGCCUGCUGAUUCCGACUUUUGUCCAUUAUCCAUGGAUCAAAGGAAAGUUGGAAAAAAAUGUUUUUUGAUUGAGGCUGAAUGAAGGAAUUACAAGAUAAUCCCCAUUGAUGCCUCAAAGCAUAUGGCAGCGUAUAAAACGUUCAUAUUUACCUCAUGUCAGUUGUUUAUAGACCAAAAAUAGUGGGAGUUCUUUGUUUUGUUUUUUUGGUGAUCGACGUAUCAGAUUUUUCUGGUGGCCGAUCACUUGUUGUAAAACUACGUAAUUCCGAUCUGCGAAUGAAUACUGUUUUUGUUUUUUUUUUGUUUUUUUGUUCUUCUUCUUUUUCAAAUCCAUGUAAUUGUUUAAACUGUGGUGAAAUCCUUAAUCAUUUGACGUGAUUUUUUCUACAGGGAUUUGUAAUGUUUCUCAAGACCAACAUGUUUAUAAUAAAAACAUGCUUUGCUUUA